ACGGCGCUCCGGUCGUCCUUCGCCGUCAAUUCUCUACUCUGCAUCUCUCUCUCUCUCUCUCUCUCUCUCUCUCUUUGCUCUGCAAUUUCUCUCGCCAAAGUUUUAAUCUUUGUUCAUUCUUCACAUCCCCCGAUCUCUCUCUCUCUCUCUCGCCAAGUAUUCUUCUAUGCUGGAAUGUUUGAUUUGGGGGAUGAACUGAUAAUCGGAAGUCACAGAGUACCAUGGCUGAUAUGGAUCCAGCUACUGGUCAUGCUUCUCCUCAUCAUUCUCCUCUACUACUUCUCUAUCUCCGCUUUUGGACUUCAAUUACAUGAUCUCUCCCCCGCCGCCGCUUGCGCUACCCGCUCCUCCUCCCGCCGCCCGCCGCCCAUCGCUGCCGCGGCCGCCUGCCCAAGACCUUCAGUAAACACCAAGUUCAAGGUAGGUGAUAGCUGCAGCAUUAAAGGCGAGAUAGGAACAAGCACAAACAGAAGAAAUGUAGGAAGAGAAGACAUCCAUGACACUGACAGGGAGGGAAGCUCUUUAGCAAAGGAUGCAACUCAGGCAUCUGUUUUGCAACACUCUCACCACCCUUGCCACUUUCUUGGGUUAGCCAAACAAUUAUUUCUCAAGUGUUUCGGCUUGGAUCCCCCCUCUAAUGAUUCUUCCAGAGCAAGACAGAGAAAUGAAUGAUGAUGAAGAUGUUUAACUUCUUGAAAGGCAGGCUGCUCCGACAAUGGCCACACUGAAGACUGGGUUAGGAAAGGAAGAUGAGCUAGCAAAGGUAAAACUUAGGCAUAAAAUGUGUAGAUGAUGUUUAACCACAGCCUGUAUCUGUAGCAGAAUUGUUAGUCACAUAACUGUAACUAAACAUGACCCUAAUGAACUCAAAAGGUUCUCAUUGAUUAUUCAUUGUUCCUCUUUGUCAGUG